CAGAAAACAGACAGAUGGAUUUGAUCAGCAGUGAUAGCACGCUGGGAUUAUGACAGUUUUCAUAGAUCAACAGGAAAGAAGCAAAACGAGGACAAGUUGUGGGAACUAACUAGCUUCUGCGGACCAGAGGAUUAAAAGAAGAGGACAGAGAACGGGCGCUAGAAUGGAUAAACUAAGCACGAUUUGAGAUCAGUUUUAACAAGUGGAUAGACUUUGUUUCCAUCUGAGUGCUGAAAGGCCUUAGACCUGCCAGACCCGAGCUGCUGGUGUACACCAACACAGAGUAAUUUUCUCAGCAUCAGCCAGUUGACCAAUGAAGUCAGCGCUGUAGGGAAGAUUGGCGAUGAUCCGCUUUCAGCUUUGCCAGGAGUGUCAGAGCAAUCGCCGUUAGAGCUCAUUGUGUUUGCAGUAGCACAGAGAGUGAGAGAGAAAGCAGACAGUGUGUAGUAAUCUAAGGAUGACACCCGCACUUUAUUCCAUCAGAUAGUGCUCAGUGAGGUGUGCGGUGCAGCUCGCUGCGCUUUGUCUCUACACUACAAACACACACACAUUAAAAGCACUCACAACUACACACACACAAACACACCAGAGCCACACACUUACACAGACCAACAAGGCAUCAGGUCCUGACAAUCAGCGAAACUGUGUCUGGACCUUGAACACAGCAGGGUUUGAGAUCAGUGUGUUUGAGCGAGAGUGUAACUGGAGUGCACCCAGGCGCCGACUGCAGCCAGUGGAACACGUUAGAAAGGAAGCGUUAGGAAAGCCGAUGCUGCAUGAUCAAACUGUCCGAUAACCUGUGAUUAUUCAGAGAAGUCUAAAAUUACCGUGUAAAAUCUCUGUCCAUUUGCGCUGCAGUGUGUACAUGAUAGCUCAUCUGCAAAGUUCUAGCAUCCAAGCGAAUAAUGGUGGAAUUCUUGUGAGGAUCACGUGCAAGUCUCCGGGGUAAUAUAGCAUACCAAAAUAUGUAGCAUCUGAAUGUAAAGCAUCUUACAACAGUUUUGUUUAGUGCUUUGCAAGUUCGUUCUUCUACACAGGGCAAGCACUUUCACUCUGUCUUUUCAGCGCUGCACUCGAGCUCAAUGGAUUUUAUUUAACCUUGGCUAUCUCUAGAUGAGUUGCAGUAAGAUAGUGUCUCAGUCUCUCAAGAGGUCUGGAUGGUUUGGUAUUAGCUCUAAGGAACAUUGACUUCUCUGCCUACUGAUUUGUUGGGUGAGAAGUGCUGAAAACCUUGUCUAACUCAUUAAAAUACAAUCUGUUUGAGGAUGAACGUUGUUGCCCUAGAUUCUUCUGUCCUUAAGGGCAUAGCAAUGGAGAUGGUUCUAUUUUGAAAGUUGUAAUAUUGUCAACACCAGCAGAGAAAAUCAGACCUGCUUUGGAUGUCAGUUUCUUGUGCUUUAUUUGACUGAAAUAUUGUAAUACUGAUGGUUUAUUUCCCUUAAAUAAGUGUGGUUUGACCCAAUGGAGACAGGUUGCCUAUUUGUUGUUGUGGUUAACUGUGUGGCUCAUUAUUGCUCAGACCCUGCUAUAAGCUCCAAGUGUGACGCUGUAGUAUACAGCUGAAGAAUUAAUUAACCUGUACCUCAUUCAGUUAAUUGCAUAGCUGCCAUUACUGAAUACUCUUGUUAGUAUACGGUCUGUUUGGCAUUGUUUUUCUCAGUUUAUUGAUUUUGAGAAUCUCAGACUUUGGUCUCAGGAGACUUAAAGCGCUACAAUAAAAAAUUACAUUUUCUUUAAAUUGAACUGAGCCUCUGUAGGACUUUGCAGUGGCAAAUCUCCUGCAUUACAUGGAAUUAAAACAAUGCAUAUUCUAAAUUCUGUCUAAGGAACACAAGGAGCUAUAGUCAACAAAUGAACUUUGUUGCUGUAAGCUUUUCUCUGUGUGCAUUGUGAUAUAGUGUCUAAAUCGCUUGCUCUAUAAUUGCUCUGAGCUCUGGCAAAACGUUUGUGUGUUGCGUGCAAACGCUGGCUAGAAGUCAGUCUUGUGUGGCUUUGUUGCUAAGGUAGUUUCUUUGCAUGUGCUUGGAUGCUGUAUAGCAUAGUUUGUCCUCAUACAACAACAGUUAGCAUGUGCAUUUGUUGGCAUUGUUUUUGAGAACAAAUCCAAGUGCAUAUAUGUGUGUGUGUGGACUGGUUUGUCAGUAGCAGUGCAGGCAGGGUCACAAAGGAGCCAUUGAUCAAACAGUCACAGCCACACACACACACACACGCGCAUUUAUACAUACAAACACAAGUUCUCAAUACACAAUGAGGCCUGUCCGAAGCUCUGUCCUCUGCCGCCUCCUUCCUGCUCCUUACUCUCUUGCUCUGCGCAGCCUAGUUCUGGUCCUGCUCUGCAUCACUCCCCAUUGUCAGGCAGUGCAAGCAGAGAAUGUAACAGUCUUGGAGGGGGGUACGGCUCAGAUCUCCUGCCGCCUGCAGAACUACGAUGGAUCAAUCGUGGUCAUCCAGAAUCCCCGCCGCCAGACUCUCUUCUUCAACGGCACGCGAGCCUUGAAGGACGACCGUUUCCAGAUGGUGCUCUUCACGCAACGGCUGGUUCGCAUCACACUGACCAACGUUAGCGUGUCCGAUGAGGGCGGAUACUUCUGCCAGCUCUACACGGAUUCCACGCACCACCAGGUGGCGACACUCUCGGUCUUGGUUCCCCCAGAGACACCCACAGUGGAGGUGAAGCAGGAGGCUGUGGAGGGCGGCGAGGCGGAACUCACCUGUGUGUCACCACGCAGCAAGCCGGCCGCCACCCUGCGAUGGAUGCGUAAAGGACGGGAGAUAGCAGGUGUGGUAUCCCUGCAGGACAAUGGGAAGACAUUCAGUGUGUCCAGCACCAUCCGCAUCCCGGUAGAAAGGAAAGACGAUGGGGCAGCUCUGAGUUGUGAGGCAUUCCACCCUGCACUUAAUGGGCAGAAGAGGAUUCGGCAUUAUCGCCUGGAUGUCUAUUUUGCACCUACAGUUCGAAUUGUUCCUCCUGCUGGCAUUUUGCGAGAGGGCGACUCGCUCACCCUCACCUGCUCUGUCACUGGGAAUCCUCUGCCCAGAAACACUCAGUGGUCCAAGAUUAAUGACACCUUACCUGAGAGGGCAGAGAUUUCUGGCACUACUCUUCAGAUUUCCCGUCUUAGCCAAUCACACAACGGGACAUACCUGUGCCAGGCCCAGAACGACUAUGGUCGUGCUGCUGAUCAUUACACGCUGUUGGUGUAUGAUAAUGUGUCUGUCACUACCAUGGUCCCUUCCACUCCUACUCCUACCACCCCACCAAUCACCUCCCAUUCUACCACCCCAACCCUCCUACCACCCACCUUGGCCCUGGAUCCAGAAGAUCCUGGUGCAGUGGUGGAGACUCACAGUGCAGUACCUUAUGCAGUGAUAGGUGGUGUUCUGGCGCUGCUGGUUUUCACUGUCAUCUGUGUCCUCAUUGUCACCAUCUGGUGCUCUGUCCGACAGAAAGGUUCCUAUCUUACCCAUGAGGCCAGUGGGUUGGAUGAACAUGGUGAAGUGCAAGAGGCCUUCCUCAAUGGGAACGACGCCAGCCAGGGCAAGAAGGAGUACCUACUGUAGCCCUUCUCCUUCCCUAUUCCCUUUUCUUCUGACCUCAUACCCUUUCCCCCUUCCUGUCCUUGUGUCCCACCUUAUAUACAGUAUACACACACACGCACACACACACACACACAAACACAAAAUACAAUGCGCCAUAAGAGGCAGCCUUCUGAAAACGACUGUAUACAGAUACCGCACACAGCCAAUCCAUCCUGUUCCAGUCCACUCCAUAUACAUCCUGUAAACAGACAUAAACUAGGAGACAGACUGAGAAAAGAGAGCCUCUAGACCCACCAGCCAUUAACGACUGUGCCAUAUACUGUAAGCUGGAGAAACUGGGGAAAAUAUAGGGAGUGAGAAAGGGAGAGAGGGUGAGGCCACAGAGUUAGGUGAAUGUAGACAAAAGCGAAAUGAUGCCAUAAUUAUUUUGAUUGAGAGGGAAACGGGGAGCACAAAGAAAACCGGCACUCUGCCUGUGCAGCCGCCAAAGUGGAAAGGGAAUUAGAGGCAGAUGACUGCUAUAAUUCCCCGCCUGGAGAAUAGAAGAAUCCAUUUCACAAAGCUCAAUUUUUUAACUGACGGAGACAGUGGGAGCACUGUGUGAGAAGGGAGAGAGGACAAAGGGGAGAGAGAGAGAGUUGACCAGGAGCUUCUGAGUGCUUGAUGCUUGAAAAUGGAUUUUUUUUUUUAAUUGCCAAACCAUCUUGGCUACACAGCUUAGCUAAUAUAUAAUUCCCUAACAAAACUAAACUGAGUCCCAGGAAGUAUCCAUACUUUAUGAACAAACUAACUGUCCUGUUUUGCUAUCCUUGUUGGGUGGCCUGCCAAUUUGUAAAAAGAAGAAGCAUCUUUUAGUGUUAUUUUUCCCCUCUCACUGCGACAGUGGAGGAAACGUGGUCCUCUUUUAAUUUGCUUUGCGUUCACCUGUUACAAUCCUCUCCCCUUACUCGUAUAUCUCUCGUUGUCUCUGUAUGUCUCUCCCUCUAUCACUUCUUCUUUGUUGGCUCCUAAUAAUGAAAGGAUUAGUAUUAGGCUGUGUUCCUGAGAAAGAAGAAAGGAAUAUGACUUGCUAAGGCAUUAAAGAAAAGUAUAAUUAUUUUAGAAUGUCAUUAAGAGGAUAAAAAGGUUUAAAACUCUUAAUAAGAGGGCCAAGAAGAAUCAGAGUGAAAGGACUGAACGAGAGAGUAAAAUAGAAGGCUUUUUUUCCCCUGAAUGCUCAAACACAUAUGCAGAUACAUGCACACAUUCAUACGUACAGUAAAACACGUUGACAGUAUACAUAUCUCUGAAUUCCUUGUUUGUAUAAAAAAGAACUUCGACAUAAAUUAAAUUAAACUUUUAAGAAAUAAGAAAACAGUUUACUACUGAAACGCAUUAUGAGCAACUAUACUAACACAGAAUACUAGCCUAUAGAGGUGCAAAGCCGAACAAACUACUGUCCAGUGAUCUUUAAAGAAAAUGAAGAAAAGAAUAAAAAAAAACAUUUGUCUUUAUGAGAAACCAGAGGUCUUAUUGAUUUUCUAUUAAUUAUUAUUAUUAUUUGAACAAUUAUGAUUGUUGUU